GAGGGAGUAAACUCUUACCACGUGAUACUCGGGAUCUGAUGGUUGGGCCAACCCCCGCUUAAGAGCUGUGAUUGGCUGACUCUAAUACGAACGACGCCACUAGAGGCGGGUCGGAGAGGAGCGCAAGCGCACUGCGUUACGAGUCUCGGGACCCCUUUCCAAGAGACUAUGGCGCUCAACAAGAAUCACUCGGAGGCCGGCGGAGUGAUCGUCAACAACACAGAGAGCAUCCUCAUGACCUAUGACCACGUGGAACUUACGUUCAAUGACAUGAAGAAUGUGCCAGAAGCCUUCAAAGGGACCAAGAAAGGCAGCGUCUACCUUACCCCUUACCGGGUCAUCUUUCUGUCCAAGGGGAGGGAUGCCAUGCAGUCCUUCAUGAUGCCGUUUUAUCUGAUGAAGGACUGUGAGAUCAAGCAGCCUGUGUUUGGUGCAAACUACAUCAAGGGCACAGUGAAGGCAGAGGCAGGAGGUGGCUGGGAAGGCUCUGCGGCGUACAAGUUGACCUUCACGGCAGGGGGCGCCAUCGAGUUCGGACAGCGGAUGCUGCAGGUGGCGGCUCAAGCCUCCCGAGGCGAAGCCCCCCCUGGAGCCUACGGGUACUCCUACCUGCCCAGCGGGGCCUAUGUCUUUCCCCCACCAGUCGCCAAUGGAAUGUACCCCUGCCCUCCUGGCUACCCUUAUCCACCUCCCCCACCUGAGUUCUAUCCGGGUCCUCCCAUGAUGGAUGGGGCCAUGGGAUAUGUGCAGCCCCCACCGCCGCCCUACCCCGGACCCAUGGAGCCGCCGGUCAGCAGCCCUGUGGUUCCCUCCACCCCCGCAGCCGAAGCCAAGGCCGCAGAGGCCGCUGCCAGCGCCUAUUACAACCCGGACAACCCACACACCGUCUACAUGCCCACGAACCAGCCUCCGCCACCUCCCUACUACCCCCCGGAAGACAAGAAGACCCAGUAGACCCCUUGCCCCCGCCUCCGGCCUCUCAUCGCUCUUUCCUUCUCUCCCCUUGGGGCUGGAUCUAGGGUGAGGGCGUUGGGAGCUUGUUCUUUCUCCAGGUCUGAUUACAAAACGCUGAUCAGGAACUGGUGUUGACCGAAGGGAGGGCCCUUGCCUGGGAGCUGUGCCUUCAGCAUCCCACACUGUCCCAGAGCCCACGGUGCUCAGCACACGCCCCUCGCAUGUCGGGCGCUCCCUGGGAGCGCAGGUGUCCCCCGCGCUCCUGUCUUGCUCUAGUAGCUUCUACCCAUGGAGGGACUCUCUGGCCACCUCCUCCACUACAGUCCAGCUCCCUCGAUUUGGUAGCCGCUUCACCCUCAGCCCCGAGUCCUCCGAGGACCCUGUGCCCUGCUCACAUUCCCUGCACUCUGGUCUGUGCCCAGCGUGGAGGCCACCAUCCGCCGGACUGUCAGCCCACAUUCCAUUCCCAGCCAGCCUCCUGCCCUUGGCCCCAGUCGUACCUGCCCUGUCCCUGGUCAUCCUGUUGCUGUCGCUGUGACUCGGAGCUUUAGUCUGAGCUCCCAGGGUGGCAUCGGGGCCAGGCCCCUGCUUCCUUGCAGUGUGCUGGGACUGUUUCCCUCUGCGUCUCCCGGCUAGAAGGGGCUCUGGAGCUGGGGACGCAUGUCCGUCCCAGCGUGCCAUUUGGCGCCUGCUGGGUGGGCUGGAACAAAGGCCGGGACCUGGGGACGUGGGCGGGGUGGGCGCUGACUGACCGCUCCAAAGGCCCUCAGCCUGCCGGCUUCCCCUCGAGCUUCGAGUCUGGUUGGCGGUGUGCCCCCUGGAUGCUCCCAAAUCUGCUCUCAUUUGCUCCUGGACUGGCCAUGAAGUGAGGAGAUGGUUAUUUAAAGAGAAUUCCCUAUUUAUUUGACAAAAAAAAAAAAAAUCCAGUUAAUAUAUUAAUGUGAAAUAAACCCU